AUGAACAGACAGACGUUUUUUGCAAGCUCCACCGUUGGACGAAAGGGCUUCAGUUCAGCUUCUGAUGCUUGUGGCCUAAGUGGACACAGAACAUGUGUGGCCUCUGUAGGCCCGCCGGUCGAAAGAUGUAAAGUUGGUGGCUACAGCAGCAGGAGUGUCUGCCACCCGGGUGGAAGCACAAGAAUUGCCGAUGCUGGAUGCCACGGAGGUUAUGGCUAUGGUGGCACAGCUUGGGGCAGUGUAGGUUAUGGCAGCUCUGGAGGUUUUAGCGGCAGGGUAGGUCUUUGCGGACCCAGAGGCUAUGGAACUUUUGGAGGUUAUGCCGAUUGCAGGAGCGAUGGUAUCCGAGGGGUCAGCGUCGAUGAGUCCCUCCUGAAGCCGCUCUGCGUGGGAGUUGACCCACAAGAACAUGAGGCACGAGAACACGAGAGGGAGCAGAUGAAGACCCUGAACAACCAAUUUGCCUGUUUCAUUGACAAGGUUCGACACCUGGAGCAGCAGAACAAGGUGCUGGAGACCAAAUGGAACCUCUUGCAGCAGUGUGUUCCUCCAGCCCCACAGAAAAAUCUCGAGCAAUGCUAUGAGAAUUAUAUUUGCAGCCUGAGGAAGCAGCUUGAGGGCUUGUUAAGUGACAAGGAACAACUGACCUGUGAAGAGUCUGUGUCAAGGAAGCUUGUGGAUGAAUUCAAAUGCAAAUACGAAGAGGAAAUCAGCAGGCGCACAGCGGCAGAGACCGAGUUUGUGGUGCUCAAGAAGGAGGCGGACUCUACCUUGCUGCAUAAGGAAGAGCUAGAGGUGAACACGACCUUGUCGAAGCAGAAGCUGGAAUUUCUGAGAUGUGUUUUUGAUGAGGAGAGAGCUCAGAUGGAUGGCCGGUUCUGCGACACCGCAGUUGUUGUGAAAAUGGACAACAGCAGAGAGCUGGACACGGACUGCAUAAUCAAGAACGUUGAAGGCUGGUAUAAAGAGAUUGCUCAGAGAAGCAAAGAAGAAGUUGAUGUUUUGUACCAAACCAGGUUCGAGGAGCUUCAGGACAAAAGGGGCAGAUUCUGUGAGGAUCUAGAGAGAAACAAGCAUGAGAUUGCAGAGCUAACCCGUCUGAUCCAGAAGCUGCAGUGUGAGACUGACCAUGUAAAGAAACAGAUUGCCUGUCUGCAAACAGCCAUUUGUGAUGCUGAGCAGCGCGGUGAUUGUGCUCUUAAAGAUGCUCGAGGUAAACACAUGGAACUGCAGAACGCUCUCCAGAAGGCCAAGGAUGAGCUGGCAUGCAUGCUGCGUGAUUACCAGGCGCUCCUGAAUGUCAAGCUGGCCCUGGAUAUCGAGAUCACUACAUACAAGAAACUGCUGGAAGGAGAAGAAAGCAGAGACAAGGAGGAACUCAACAGGCCCGUGGCUACAGAGAAUGAGUUUGUGGUGCUGGAGAAGGUGACACAUUCAGGUGGCUAA